AUGGCCACGCCCAGCUCUGCUGCCCGAGCCGCGGGCACGCGUGUGACGAUCCAACACCAACACCUGGUUCGAAUGAUUUUGGGCUACCUCCAAAACCAAGAGCCCGCUGCAUACGCAGCCUGUGUGGCCGUCGGCCUCGAUGCCGAGGCCGACCCCGCCACCCCUGCUUCCCCAGCCAGCGCUUCUCCCCUGCAGACGGUGCGGCGCCUGGCCUUGCAGGCGCGGUACAGCGAACUGCACGCUCUCCUCAAGCUCUCGCUGCAAGAUCACCCCCAACAACAUGCCGCAGCUCGCCGUGCGCUGUGGCGCCAACAAUGCCGUGAGCUCUGCUGGACCCCGGCCACCUGCCAUCUGGGCCUAGCGGCUGCCUACGAAUCGGCCCAGCUUCAUCGCCAAGAACAGGAGACGCGCCUGACCGAGCUUGUUCGUGCCAUCCGCCUGCAGGAUCGCACCAUUGAUGAAGCCACCAUCCGCGCCUGGUGCUUGCCUCUGCCCCCCGACCCUCUGAAUCAUCUGGCUCGACUUCGCCUUCAGCUGGCCCAGGAAUUGCAGGCCAUCCUACAGCAUUUUUUGACUGCACGAGCUGGCGUCAGCUCCAGCCGACCCAGCAGCCAGCCCAAUCCCCACAAUGUCAAAGAUGAGGCUCAGUGCGCGGCUCAGGCCAGUGCGGACCCCCUCGUUCAGCUCCUUGCCCGGGGUCUGCUGGCACAAACUCUGCCCGCGCCCGAGGUUCGCUUUGAACGAUCCCGUUGGCCCGAGCCGUUGCCCGCCGAGGACGUCCAAACUGGAAAUAUCCCUGCCAACGCCCCAAACGCCCCACGCCCAGCUGCAACUUCAACAGCCACGGCCCCUCACCACCGCUUCGCCCCUUCUGCGGGCGAUCGACCCGCGAGCAAGUCCAAUCGUGGCCCCAGAACCCAUGGGCCCAGCCAGUUGCGACCUGCCGACCCACCCUGGGCUCCCGAGACCAACACGGCACCGAAUGCCGCCCCCAGUUUUGCGCCUUUAACCAAAGUACCCUCACGCUUGGAGCACGCGUUUAUCGGUCAAGUGGAAGAUCACCAACCGGUCCGCACCAUGGCCUUUCAUCCGCACGCCCCGCUCCUGGCCGUGGGCAGCAACUCCGCCUUGCUUCGAAUUUGUGCCGUUCCUGCCCCGGGUGCUGAACGUUCCAGCACCGCCACAUCGCAUCCCACAACACUCACGCUCUUGGCUCAGCGCGAGCGCUACCACGCGUUUGAGCUGCAGUCGCACAGUAUCACGCCGAUGGCUGCAGUCACCCUCGAAGGCACCGUUCGCUCCAUUGCAUUUGCUCGGAACCAGCACGUUUUGGCGGCCGUUGGCUCCGGGCACGCCAACGUGGCGCUGCUCAAUGUAGCGUCGGCGACAGUGGAGCUGCAGCAAAGCACGGGUGCCAGCCAGGUGGCUCGAAUCGUCCCAUGGCAGUCUAGUUCUUUCCUUUCGGGCAGCGCAGAUGCAAUUUUGCGUCUCCAUGAUCCUCGCCAGCCCAUCCCCGUGGAGCAGUUUAGCUGGGACUCUGGCAUCACGGCGCUGGAUGUUCUCCCAAAUACGCACCAAUGCUUGAUUGGCGCCCGCGAUGGCCAACUGGGGCUCAUUGACCUGCGCAUGAAAAAGGCAGUGCUCACGUGGGAGCCACAUGCCGAUGAGGUGCGGAGCGUGCACGUGAUGCCCUCACAUUCAGCUCUGCGCUCCAGCGGAUCUACACCGGCGUUGGCGCUGUCGGCUGCCUUUGAUGGCAAGAUUCAGCUGUCUGCACUCCCAGGCCAUGAUCGGUUUUUAGCGGGCUCAUAUGGGCGGGCUGCUGCGCAUAGCAACAAGGCCAUUGCAGUUCAGUUUCAUCCAACCGAACCCAUGUUUGCCAGUAGUAGCGCCGACAAGACGGUCAAACUGUGGAGCUUACGGCUGUAG